AUGGCUAGUAAAUCAUCAUCUACAACAAGUAAGCCAAAUAAAUCAUCAUCAUCAUCAGCAGCAGCAGCAGGAGCGCCAAUAGUUGUAAGCAGAAGUACCACACAGUCACGAUCCGUUCGUCGAAUGCUUCAAAAUUUUCUUUUGAUCUGGCUUGACGACAACUUCGAUGAAUCCCAAGACAAUUAUAAAAAAUCAAUACAACAUCUACAUGAUAUUUCAACAACAGUCACUUCAUUUACAGACGUUGACGAAUGUAUUGAUUUUCUCACUGACAUUCACAAUGAAAAAGUAUUCAUGAUUGUGUCUGAUGUGCUAGGACAACAUAUAAUACCAGAAAUUCAAGAAUGCCCACAACUAACCUCCAUUUAUGUUUUAUGUCAUAAUCAAGCGACUCAUAUGGAAUGGAUCAAAACAAUAUCUAAGGCAAAAGGUGUGUACACAGAAAUUGAACCAAUUUGUGAAGCAUUACAAAUCGACCAAAGAAAUUGUGAUCAAAAUAUGAUCUCGAUCAGUUUUAAUCGUAUUGAUCCGUUAUUUAUGUAUACGCAAUUCUUAAAAGAAGCACUUUUGGAAAUCGAAGAUAAUGAUACAAAAUCGAUUAAGGAACUCGUUGAAUACUGUCGUCUUCACAGUGAUGCUUCCGAAAAAACACUUAAAAUGAUCGAAAAAGAAUAUCGUAAUCAUACACCCAUUUGGUGGUACACUGGUCCAUAUUUUAUCUACUCAAUGCUCAAUCAUGGUCUUCGAAAAAUGGAUGUCGACAUUAUACUUAAAAUGGGCUUUUUUAUUCGCCAUCUACAUCAACAUAUUACAGACUUACAUCGCGAACAACAAAGUAGCAAAGCAGCCAUGCCAUCGAAAUUUCAAGUUUUUCGUGGUCAAGGCUUAUCCAUGGAAGCCUUUGAAAAAAUGAAGAAAACCAAAGGUGGGCUCAUGUCGUUUAAUAAUUUUUUGUCCACAAGUAGUAAUCGUGAGAUUUCUUUAGACAGCUUUGCACGACUGAGAGCAUUCGAUGAGAAUUCAGUUGGCAUCCUCUUCGUUAUGAACAUAGAUACCGCCCCUUGCACAUCAUCAUCGACACCUUUCGUCAAUGUCAAUGAUGAUGGCUUCUACGACGAUCAAGAAGAAGAAAUUCUUUUUUCGACACAUACAAUUUUUCGCAUCGAUCGUAUAGAACAUAUUGAAGAUAAGCAUACAGAUUGUCUCUGGCAAGUCAAUCUCACCCUCGCUGGUAAUCAAGAUGAUGAUUUUAACAAACUUACAGCACAUUUACGCAAAGAGCAUAGUUUGGCCACAGGUUGGGCUCGCCUAGGCCACAUACUUAUUAAGUUGGGUGAGCCUGCGAAAGCAGAACAACUUUAUAAGACUCUCCUCGAAACGGCGUCUUCUGAUAAGCAAAAAUCAGAUUACAAUCAUUACCUUGGUUGGUUGUAUACUGAUAUGGGCGAAUACGCAAAAGCAAUUAUAUUUCACGAAAAAUCACUCAAAAUCAAAAAAAACACCACUCCUCAAAAUCUUCUCGACUUGGCUGCUUCCUACAACGAGAUCGGUGCAGUGUAUUAUAACAUGGGCGAGUACUCGAACGCACUUUCCUCGUACGAACGAUCACUUGAAAUCCGAAAAAUAGUUCGCCCUCCGAAUCAUCCCGACUUGGCUUACUCUUACAACAACAUUGGUUUGGUGUAUAAUAACAUGGGCGAGUACCCGAAAGCACUUUCAUCGUACGAACGAUCACUUGAAAUCAAAAAAAUAGCUCUCCCUCCGAAUCAUCCCUCGUUGGCUACUUCUUACAACAACAUCGGUUUGGUGUAUGAUAACAUGGGCGAGUACUCGAAAGCACUUUCAUCGCACGAACGAUCACUUGAAAUCCGAAAAAUAGCUCUCCCUCCGAAUCAUCCCGACUUGGCUUCCUCUUACACUGGUAUCACUUUGGUGUAUAAUAACAUGGGCCAGUACUCAAAAGCACUUUCAUCGUCUGAACGAUCACUUGAAAUCAAAAAAAUAGCUCUCCCUCCGAAUCAUCCCUACUUGGCUACUUCCUACAACAAUAUCGGUUCGGUGUAUUAUAACAUGGGCGAGUACUCGAAAGCACUUUCAUCGUAUGAACGAUCGCUUGAAAUCCGAAAAAUAGCUCUCCCUCCGAAUCAUCCAGACUUGGCUUCUUCCUGCAACAACAUUGGUUUGGUGUAUAAUAACAUGGGCGAGUACUCGAAAGCACUUUCAUCGUACGAACAAUCACUUGAAAUAAAAAAAAUAGCUCUCCCUCCUAAUCAUCCCGAUUUGGCUUCUUCCUACAACAACAUCGGUGUGGUGUAUGAUAUCAUGGGCGAGUACUCGAAAGCACUUUCAUCGUACGAACGAUCACUUGAAAUCCGAAAAAUAGCUCUCCCUCCGAAUCAUCCCGACUUGGCUACUUCCUAUAACAACAUCGGUUUGGUGUAUGAUAACAUGGGCGAGUACUCGAAAGCACUUUCAUCGUAUGAACGAUCACUUAAAAUCAAAAAAAUAGCUCUCCCUCCGAAUCAUCCCGACUUGGCUGCUUCCUACAACAACAUCGGUAAUGUGUAUUCUAAGAUGGGCGAGUGCUCGAAAGCGCUUUCAUCGUAUGAACGAUCACUUGAAAUCCGAAAAAUAGCUCUCCCUCCGAAUAAUCCCGACUUGGCUCAAUCCUACAACAACAUCGGUUUGGUGUAUAAUUGGAUGGGCGAGUACUCGAAAGCACUUUCAUCGUACGAACGAUCAUUUGAAAUCCAAAAAAUAGCUCUCCCUCCGAAUCAUCCCGAUUUGGCUACAUCCUACAACAACAUUGGUGUGGUGUAUGAUAUCAUGGGCGAGUACUCGAAAGCACUUUCAUCGUACGAACGAUCACUUGAAAUCAAAAAAAUAGCUCUCCCUCCCAAUCAUCCCGACUGGGCUGCUUCCUACAACAACAUCGGUUCGGUGUAUUAUCAAAUGGGCGAGUACUCGAAAGCACUUUCAUCGUAUGAACGAUCACUUGAAAUCAAAAAAAUAGCUCUCCCUCCCAAUCAUCCCGACUUGGCUAGUCCCUACCAAGGUAUCAGUUUGGUGUAUAAUAGGAUGGGCGAGUACUCGAAAGCACUUUCAUCGCACGAACGAUCACUUGAAAUUCGAAAAAUAGCUCUCCCUCCGAAUCAUCCCAACUUGGCUGCUUCCUACAACAACAUCGGUUUGGUGUAUGGAAACAUGGGCGAGUAUUCGAAAGCACUUUCAUAUUACGAAAAGGCGCAAGACAUAUGGAAAAAAUCACUACCUUCAAAUCAUCCACAUAUUGCGGGUGUAAAAAGAAACAUUGACAAUGUGAAAAAGAAAAUGUAA